CAGCGGGAAUUUAAGGUGUGCGUUAUCAUAAAAAUUUGGAGCUCUUUGUAAGCAGUUUACUCUCUGAUACCAAAGUCGUUUAUUCAUGCAGAGACGUCCACUUACUCGCAUAGAACUAGGAUUACAAGACCUAAUGGAGUUUAAAAACUUCAUUGAUACUCAGUGCAGUGGGGAUUGUGUAAAAGUUAGUAAAAGUAUCAAAGAAUCAUUUGAGCGGAUUCAACUUCGAGAGGCUGAAAAACGCAAGAAAAAUACGCGUCAUCGUAUUGGUCUACCUCCAGAUUACUAAGUCAAGUUGCAUUUAUCGCUGAGAAAGUGAAAUAAUAUCUGUGAUUAAUAAUAAAUAUUUCUUAUCUUC